AUGGCCACAUCCGCCUCAGACGUCGAAAAAGUCCAAUCCUUGCUGAAGGGUUUUCGCGAUGCGCCAGUGGAUACGCAAGGCGCUCCGGACUCUGUCCUAAGUGUUAUUUAUGCGUAUCUCAUGAAGAUUCCGUCCGAUGGAGAUGGGUCUCUGCACUGGUUUUGCAGUCGUGCCGACGAGAUUGCGACACAGGCUGCUACGUUCCUGAUCAGACUACACGCCUAUAACAGCAGUCGAGUGAACGCAUGGAAGGAUCGUCUUGGGAAAUGUAUGUCCAGGUGUCCUGCUUGCGUGGAAGCAAGAGAGCUUGCGAAGACGAGGUCUAGGCAUACGUACUUCGGCGCGUUUUCAGACGACAUCCUGCAAGGUUUCUAUCGUUCAGUCGACGAAUGGGAGAUUUCUCUGGCCCUCUCGAGCCUCAGAGACGCGGGUAUUGACGUAGAGUCACCUGAUAGUGGACAAACGACUCUAAGCGACUUACCCUCAGGGAUUGUUUAUCUUAUAUUCUGCAAUCUAGCGGUAUUCCAAGACAAGCGCGUUCAACCACUUGUGAUGGCCAAGGUCCCUCCUGCGCCCAUACUUGAUUGGCCUCCACGUGUACCUCCAGCUGGUCUUCUGCUACUGGCUCUGUGUGACAGACAAAAUGCUAGAACGUGGGCCCGUUGCCAACUGCAGCGGUACCGGGUAGCACCGAUAUCUUCGGACCGUUUCAUUGGGUCGCAUGAGAAGAUUGUUUAUCCCAUCAUCGCCGCAGUUGCUUCUACAGGGCAUGUCGAUGCACCCCCAUCUCCGGCAUCCUUGACUAGAGUAUCCCUUGACAGUAAUUCAGGCAAUGCGGGGGCGGCGAUAACCUUUGCUUUUGCGGAAGAUGCAGACGCACUAUGGGCUGGAUUCGCUGUCGUUAUGCGAUAUCUGCCUGCGCAUGUUAUGCAUCCCAGUAUACUGUGCAAUAUCGACAUUAGACACAUAAUCAUCGGUCACCUACAUGAUACGGGGUCGAGAUUCAUCGACGUUUUUCGUUGCUUAUGGUACCUUACUGAGCGUUGCGAAAGCCUCUUAUGGCGGGACGAAGGAGCAGACUACCCUCAAAUCGUUUUUGACGCUGUCAAAGAUAAUCGCUCGUUCAUAGAAAUCUUCCAGAACCCCGCUAUUCUCGCGUCCAAGCCUUGGGUGCUGGCGUGGUUCUCCAGAUUCAUGACCACUAUUUGGGAGAUGCCCCUAUUUGGCGACGUCCUCGCCAAAGUUACUGACCUCAUGUGUGAGGAAUUGCAGCAUGACAGAUUCGAAGGGACGAGAUCAGAGACGAUGACUUUUGUGAUGAAGCUUUUAUCUACUCUCUUCAGUAAAAGUGCGGACAAAGAACACCUACGUCAACGAACUGCCAUAUCAGCCGUGGUAGAUAUCCACGCGCACACUCUGGUUUCAGUCGCUUUCUCACAUAACUAUGGAGAUUCAAAGUGGCGCGAUUCCAGGAUUGCUGCUCGCGGCCUCGUGAAGGACCUCUUAUUGAAGGACGUUCAAGAUGUUGCUGAAGCAAUCACGUCCCUUUGCAAGUUCAACCGAGGAUCAGACGCCAGCCUGCCCGAUCCACCAGCUAGUCAACAACUCAUUUGGAAGAACGCGUAUCAAAGUCUUCAGCCAAAUGAUUCGGACGGCGUUGAUCUCGUAUUGGACGUUGUUGCAAGCACGGCGCAUAUGGACCUACUUAGCGAGAAAGCUUUUGCAGCUUCUAUUCAAAGAAGUGGCAAGGUCGGGCUUAUCUUGAAGAAUAUCAAUAAGUCGUUAAACAGUUUUCGUGACGGAUUCUUGGCAACGAUAUCAAGAUAUGCAGAUUACAACACCCCAUCUUCGAUCCUUGAUCUACUACGGCGGCAGGGUGUCGUCCAGCACAUAAUUGCCCUGAUGUUAUGUCCGAUUGAUCAGGCGGCGUUGGCUGUCCAGGCGAUCGUAGGCCAGGCAUUCGAUGUCGACGUCCGUAUGGAUUGCUUCCGAGCCCUCCUGGAAAAUCUUCCGAAUACCUCGCUCCGCGGUAUAGUUCAUUUCCUAGAGAUAUUCCUGCACUACAUCCCGGUUGUACCCGAAGCAUGUAGUCUCUCAAAGGCGCUUGUCCGCUGUCUGACGGACGUCAUAGAGGUGUUGUGCUCGUCUCCAGAUGGGCUCCUCCUCAAACCCGGCUUUUUGAGAGGUGAGUCUGGCAUCGGAGUAUCUGGCGACCUGCUGUCUCUCUGGCGUUCGAUGACUCGCGCCUUGGCUCUCAUAUUCAGGCUGACUCCGAGCUGGGCACCUCAUUUCGAGAACGAAGAGAUGACCGUGUGGAUGAGAGAUGCUCUCAUUUUCGGCAGGGAUAUGCUGGCUCAGCGCAGGGUUAUCGAAGCUGGGGCACUUGCUUUGUAUGAGAAGGAACAACAAUCGUCGAGGCAACCGAAGAAGCUGUCGACCAAGGGCAAGCAAAUGAUGGAUGAUCUACAGGAGGUCUUACCGGAGCUGGCGAGAUGGCUACGUUUGACCGAUGAAGAGCUACUACACCAGUCGUUCGCUUUGCUCCAGUCUCUCCUUGAGAGCUUUCUGGAGACUGGAGUCACUCCUUCAGAAGCCGGUAUGAAGAAGCUCAAUAAGUUCGUCGAGGAUGCUCGUAGAAAAGAUCCAAAGCGUCCCCAGACUCGUCUAGACACCGCAAGACUAUCCCAGCUGGAGGACACACUGGCUGCCUUCGAUGAUGAUGAUGUACAGAUAAUCGCCUAUAAUCCAUCAUCGAGUAAGCGGGGCUCGGGCUCAAACAUCGCGCAAGGGGCGGGGAAGGUCGCCGGUACGUCAGGCAUGCCUAAGAAACGGCCUGUACAAGACAAGAAGACAAGGGCGCCUGAAACCAUCAGCAUAGUUGCGACAAAUGGUUCAAUUCUUCCUCGAGAACCGGUCAAGGGAACCGCCUCCGCAUCUACGUCCGUGACGACUAAGGAUCAUAGGCCUGUGCAGCCGAGAACUAUCUCUCAGAGUACAGCUACGGCUAAAGCACCGAAGUUUGAGGGCUCCUCGGGAAAAAGCAACAUGUCCGAUUCAACGUCUUCUGAGGACGACUCUGAGGACGACGAGGAAGAGGCCAAAGAGGGAGGUCUAGUAGCUCUUGGGAAGUUACAGCGAACUCCCAAGAUUAAAAGAACAGUCGAACGGAGACAAGUGAAGAUGUUGGAUACCACGACGAAUAUCAAAGGAAGCACGAACCGCUUAUUCGAUGCCCGACGUGAGGCCCAAAGAACAGCGUUACGCAUGAAACCAGAUAUUUCCUCCCUCCACAAAGCGCUGCUUUCAUGGAACUACGAGCAUGAUGGCCCUGAGCCUCCUAUGCCAAACCGCGGCUUGGCCCUAACUCGAGUUCCUGAUCGAUUCACUGACUAUGGGCAGUACCGCGCAAUUUUCGAACCAUUGUUGUUGUACGAGUGCUGGGCUCAGCUAUUGCAGUCCAAGCAAGAAUCUCAAGAGGUCUUCACUUGUACGGUUGUGUCUCGCGGGUUCAUUGAUGACUGGCUUGACCUCGAUAUCUCAAUCGCUGACGAUGUUAAGAAGGACUGGGCUUUAACGGAGACCGAUGUGGUCCUCCUUAAGCAACCAGAGGGCAAGAAAUGCAUCCUAGGGAAGACACAGAGUUACAAGGCACAACGUUAUGGGAUCCAAGCGACUAUCAGGUGUUAUUUGCCUCAUGCCGCAAUGGACCCCGGUCUUCAGAUUAACACCAGCUGGUGUCUUAGCAAAGUAUUCAGUCUCAGCACGCUGCAUAGGGAGUACGCCGCCCUUAUGGCUUUGCCCUUUUAUGAUUUUGCCGACUCAAUUCUCCAGCCGCGGCUGCCGUCGAAACCGCUUCUGGAUGCUCGGGAAAUUCAACAUACCCAGGCGAAAUAUAAAGUGAACGAGCCCCAAGCUGUCGCGAUUCUAAGUUCUCUAAAAUGCGAUGGAUUCACGCUUAUCCAAGGCCCACCGGGUACAGGUAAAACAUCGACAAUCUGCGGCCUUGUCCAUGCUUUUCUAUCUCGGCGACCUCGUCCAACGACUGCUAUCCAUGCGGGGCGUAGCGCAAUUCCUGCGGAUAAGGAACCUGUGAAAAAGGUCCUUCUCUGCGCCCCGAGUAACGCAGCGGUCGAUGAGAUUGCACACCGUCUAAAGGACGGCGCUUGUGGCGCAGGAUAUGCCGCCAACCCGAAGGUUGUUCGUGUUGGCAACGACAAAAAUGUCAACAUCAGCGUGAAAGAUAUUACACUGGACUAUCUCGUCAAUCAAAAGCUGAAUGAGGAGGGGUCAAUGGGAGCCGGCCGAGACACCUCAAAUGAGAUUGCAACAUUACGAGCUGAACUAGAAGCGGUGAAGAGACAGAAGCAACAGAAGCAAGAUGAGCUAAAUGCUGUCCACGACAACGGUGCACGAAGCCGCGCUCUCGAAGAAGAGAUUCGAGCCUUGAAUGCCAAACGUUUGAAUCUAUCUCAGCAGUUCGAUCGGACGAAGGACCAGCAAAAAUCUGACUAUCGUAGUCUGGAUGCAACGCGACGUAAAUGCCGUACCGAGGUUAUUCUCGCGGCGGACGUUGUUUGCGGUACACUGUCUGGAGUCGGGCACGAUAUCUUAGAGCAGUGUGAUUUCGACAUGGUCAUCAUCGACGAAGCCGCCCAAGCAAUAGAACUGAGUUCACUCAUUCCUCUAAAGUACAAAAGCAGACGCUGCGUCAUGGUCGGAGAUCCUCAGCAGCUCCCUCCAACCGUCAUUUCUCAAGAGGCGUCGAGAUACCUUUACAAUCAGUCGCUCUUCGUCCGGCUUCAAAAACAGAAGCCAGAAUCUGUGCACCUCUUGAGCAUCCAAUAUCGUAUGCAUCCCGAUAUCAGUGAAUUGCCAAGCCGCCUCUUCUAUCAGGGACAGUUGUCUGAUGGCCCGGACAUGGCUGCGAAGACUCGGCAGCCCUGGCAUUCACAUGGUAAAUUUGGAACGUAUCGGUUUUUCAGCGUGGGCCGCGGCCAGGAGCAGGAGGGCGGGUACCGCUCACUAGUCAACAAAGCGGAGUGCCAGGUCGCCGUAACCUUGUAUGGCCGCCUGCGCAAAGAGUUCUCCAUGUUCGACUUUGACUACAGGGUUGGCGUUGUCUCUAUGUACCGAGCCCAGAUUGCAGAGAUGCGUCGGGCGUUCAUCAGUCGUUUUGGGUCAGACAUCGCGGGCAAGGUGGACUUCAAUACGGUAGAUGGCUUCCAAGGACAGGAGAAAGAUGUUAUUAUAUUAUCGUGCGUGCGCGCUGGUCCGGGAUUGCAGAGCAUCGGGUUUCUGUCAGACACCCGGCGUAUGAAUGUUGCCUUGACUCGAGCCAAAUCAUCACUAUUCGUCCUAGGUCAUGCUCCGACGCUUGAACGUAGCGACAAGACAUGGCGAGACAUCGUUUCGGAUGCGAGAACUAGGCAGCGACUAGCGGAGGCGAGUAUGGCUCCUGAGUCAGAGGCGUUGUCGUCCACUAAUGCUUCACGUCUAGGUGGAUGCUUCAUUUUUUACCACCCCAAGUGA